GGGGUCUAUUACUCGAUGAUAGAGUGAACACGCUCCACUGUCCCCUCCCAUCUCAAACCCUAAAUUAAGAAAGAAAUCCCCUAAUUUAUCCGCCAUGGCCAAGAAGCGAAAGCUGCGACCCUCUGACCCCGAGCCCACCAAAGCCCUCGAAGCCGAGCCGCAAGAAGAACAGUCACAGGAGGCAACUGUCCCAGUAGAAGAUGAACAACUCCCAUUAGAGCCAGAGCAAAUCCAGGGAGGAGGCGCGCCCCAGGAGCAACAAGAGGACAUGGCUGUGGACGAUUCCAAAGAAGAGGAACACGAGGAGCCCCGGGAAGAGGAACAACAAGAAGUAGGAGGAAAAGAAUUGGGAGAGCAAGAAGAGCACGAAAACCUGGAUGCCUCAAAAGAAGCCCAACCCGUAACAGCAAAUGGAGCCGAGGUAAAGGACGAAGAGGAGGAGGAGGACGAAGACGAUGACGAGGAACCUGUGGAGAACUUUCUCGAAACCUUCUCGAAGGAUCAGCUUCUAACCCUCAUUAAAAAGGCAGUGGACAAGCACCCGGACUUGAUCGAGGGCGUGCGCGAGCUGGCUGACGCCGAUCCGGCCCACCGCAAGAUCUUCGUCCACGGCCUCGGCUGGGACACAACCGCUGAAAACCUAAUCUCUGUCUUUGGCAGUUACGGUGAGAUCGAGGAUUGCAAGGCUGUCACAGACCGCGUCUCCGGAAAAUCCAAGGGCUACGCAUUUAUCCUUUUUAAGCACCGCAGCGGAGCCCGCAAGGCCCUCCGGCAGCCUCAGAAGCAGAUUGGUAAUCGCACUACCUCCUGCCAGCUUGCCUCCUCCGGACCCGUCCCAACCCCACCGCCUGUAACCCCUCCGGUCUCGGAGUACACCCAGCGUAAGAUUUUUGUGAGCAAUGUAUCGGCCGAGGUCGAUACUAAUAAGCUGCUUGACUUCUUUAAGCAGUAUGGGGAGAUUGAGGACGGCCCAUUGGGGCUCGAUAAGCAGACUGGGAAGCCUAAGGGUUUCGCUCUUUUCGUGUACAAGACCGUAGAUAGUGCGAAGAAGGCUUUGGAAGAGCCGCAUAAGAACUUUGAGGGGCUUACAUUGCAUUGCCAGAAGGCUAUAGAUGGUCCUAAACAAAAACAUUAUCAACAACAACCACCCUUUCCUCAUCAUCAGCACUCGCAUUACCAUUCUAGAAAGGAGAAGAAUAAGUAUCCCUCGGCCGGUGCGAUUGCACCUGGCCAUGGGCAUUUAAUGGCACCGUCAGGCCCCGCGGUAGGGUACAAUCCAACACAGGGACUGAACCCGGUUCUGGGUCAGGCCUUGUCUACAUUGCUUGCUACCCAGGGAGCUGGUUUGGGGCUCGGUAAUCUGCUCGGGGGUCUCGGUGGCGCCCCUGUGAACCAGGCGGGGCCACCUGCAGGAUAUGGGAAUCAGGCUGGAGGGAGCUAUGGGAACCAGCCGCUGAUGCAGGGUGGAUAUCAGAAUCCACAAAUGGGGCAGAGCAGUGCUGUUAGGCCUCACCCGGGCAGCGGUCCACCAUACAUGGGUCAUUAGGUGAGUAUCAGGCAUCGAACCAUUGCAAGGACUUGAUGGAGGUAUGCGUCUGUAGCAUUGAUGUUCUGAUUGUAGCAGGCUACUGAUGAAUCGAUUAGCCAACUUCCAUGAUCUUUCCUUGGUGAGAAGCAAAAUACAGCUCUUGCACUAGAGGAGGUCAAGGUUAGUCUGUGCCUCUGUGCGUGUUCUGGAAUGGCUGUUGAAUUUUGGGAAAAGAUACCCGGGUCUCUUUUAGUUGGGAAUUUCUUGGAGUAUCAACAACAUCUUUCUGUUGUGGAACUUUUCAAAAUAGAUUAUUAGCAUGUUAAUGAUAUAUUGUUGUUGCCUUAUCCUUACACUUUAUUGGUCCGUCGGAGAUCUGCUGGGUGGGUUUCUCAAACGUUAAUACCCACCUGAAAGUAGGAUUAUGUUCCUUGCCUUUCUUUUAGGACGUUGUGGUUUUUAGGAACCUGGAAGGUAUUUUGCUCUUUUGCUUCUUGGUGUGUCUUCCGCCUCAUAUAUUUCUAGCGUAUGGAAGGAUCGCAUGGUUGGGAAGACUCGCAUUUAUUAGUUGUUAUAUAAUAUUAUUUGGUACUUGGUUCUUUUUAA